GCCCCAUCGCUGAGGUCUCCAAUCGCCGUAAGGGCACCUCCCCUGCCACCCUGCGCCCGGCCACCAAUAGGCAGUGAGGGCCGGCCCCAGCUCGCUCCGCCCCCGCGGGACGCUUGAGACUUUGGAUUGGCCAGUUAGUCUGCGACGUGGGCGCUACUUCCUCUCCUAUUGGCGUAUCGAGCGCGGGGCGCCCAACGCCCAUUGAGAGAGGAGGUUGGGAGGGCGGGACUGCGUGGCGGGCGGAAAGAAUGGAGCGCGAGCGAGACCUGUGUCUCCCUGGCCAGACUGCAGCUGAGCUUGUGUGCACGACCUGGUUCUCCAAGCUUCUGGAACUGCCUGAUACUUUCCAUGUCAGUACGACAUCCCAAACAUGGAAAGCAAAGUCCCCAGUUGUGCACCCUGCCCUGGCUUUGUGAGUUGCCGAGUGGCUGGAGGCCCCUCUGGGCUCCCACGGUCUGCUGGCCAGGGUCCCAGAGGUUCCAACUUCCCUGACGUCCUACGCGCCGCAUGGCUCGCCUUUUCCACUCUUUGCAGAUAUCCUGCGGAGAUGCACUUCAGCUGGGGAAUGCAAAACCCACUCCCGGGUGAGCCGGGUCUCAGGGGGCAGGGCUGGAACACAAGCCUGCUUCUGCCGUUUUCUGCAGGGAUGAAAGGGUCUGACCUUGGGAAUGCGGGGGGACCGCUUCCAACGCGUCUGCCCAAGUUCUGAGUCACCAAAUAAUCGAACAGAGGUGUCACCUUAGACUUAGCGCAGUGGCGCUCCUGGUGCAGUGAAGCCCCUGCAAGUUCUGGGCUGCGGUGAGGUCCUGCCCCAAAGGGGCCUGCACCCCCGGCCAGUCACGCUGCCACACGGCUCCCGGGCGGCGCGAGGCGACGGCAGGACGCGGAACUCGUGCCCCUGGGCAGUCGUUUGUCUCGGGUCAUCCCGUUGGAGACAUGGAUUUGGACCACCUGGACCUGAAUCCCAGAAUCGUCGCCGCGGUGAAAGCCAAACUGAAGUCAGCGCGGGAGGUGCUGCGGUUCUCGGGGCCAGACCUGCAGAGACUGACCGGCCUCUCGGGCCCCGACGUGCAGCACCUGCUGAGAGCCGUGUCCUCACACCUGCGGGGAGGCAGCGUCUCCACAGCGCUCCAGCUGUACCGGCAGGAGGAGGAGUUCCCCGAGCAGCACCAGCGCCUGAGCCUGGGCUGCCCGGUGCUGGACGGGCUCCUCCGUGGCGGGCUGCCCCUGGACGGCAUCACCGAGCUGGCCGGCCGCAGCUCCACGGGGAAGACCCAGCUGGCCCUGCAGCUCUGCCUGGCGGUGCAGCUCCCACGGCAGCACGGGGGCCUGGGCACCGGGGCCGUGUACGUGUGCACGGAGGGCGCCUUCCCCAGCCGGCGUCUGCAGCAGCUCGUGGCGCAGCAGCAGCUCCUGCGGCCCGACGUGCCGGGGGACGUGCUCGGGAAGAUCAAGUUCGGCGACCAGAUCUUCGUGGAGCACGUGGCCGAUGUGGACACCCUGCUGGACUGCGUGAGUCGGAAAGUGCCUGUGCUGCUGUCGCGGGGUGUGGCCCGCCUGCUGGUCAUCGACUCGGUGGCAGCCCCGUUCCGCUGCGAGUUUGCCGGCGCAGACUCGGCCCGCAGGGCCAGGCGUCUGCAGGCGCUGGGGGCCGAGCUGCGGCGGCUGAGCUGCGCCUUCCGGAGCCCCGUGCUCUGCAUCAACCAGGUGACGGAGGCCGUGGAUGCGCAUGAGGCAGCAGGGGCCGGGGGAGAGCGGACGUCGCCAGCCCUCGGAAUAACCUGGUCCAGCCAGCUCCUGAUGAGGCUGCUGAUGGACCGGCGCCGCCCGGAGGAGGCCGCCCCCGCCCCACCCAGCCGCACCCUGAGGCUGGUCUUCGCCCCCCACCUGCCGCCCUGGUCCUGCUGCUACACAGUCACCACCGAGGGCGUGCGAGGCACGCCUGGGAGCGAGUCCUGCUGGAUGACUCGCCAGGUUAGGGUCUCGGGGCGCACGGGCCUCCCCACCUGAGGACCAGGGUCUGCUCCGCCCUCUGGCUCUGGAUGUGCACUGUUGUUUCCAGGCCAUGGGCACUGCCCCCCGUGGCUGCGCCAGGGUCCCUACCUACAGAGGUCCCCUGAACGCCCAGCCUCUCAAGGAGCAGCCUUCUCUGUCCUGUGCCCACUUGGCUCCCAUCCUCCUCCCAAAGCCCCCAGGCCCAUGCCUCAGGCCACAGCGGGCCCGCUCACCCCCUUGAGGGGGUGUCGGCUCCUGGCCCCCCAUGCACACUGCAUGGCCAGAGCUUCCAGGGCUUCCAUCUGGCACAGGGUGGUGAGAACUCCCCUGCAGGCUGCAGGGCCCAGGAGGGGAGGGACCAGGCAGAAGUGACGUCUGCGUGGCCUCAGCCGCCAGCCUUGGCUGGAGGAAGGAGCAGCCAGUGCGGCCCCGGUCUGGCCCAUCUGCUGGGAAGCCAGUUCUGGGCACACAAGAGCACGUCCUGGUGUGUCCCGAGUGCCUCCUACAGCCUGGCCUCCCUGGCCAACGCCCAGGCAGGAGGCCCCCAACCCCACCCCAGGGGCCUGCGGCGCCUGCGACAAAUGCCAGAACCCCAAUGUCCAGUCGUGGCCACAAGGCGUGGUGUCAGCGUGUGUGACUGCUCAACCCUGCCGGCCUGUCUUGCCUUCACCCAUUGUCGCUGUGUCUGUGCCACCACCUCACCACCUGGCACGCAGGCCUUGGACAAGGGCACGUGCGAGGUGACGGCCCCCGGCCCCUCGCCAGUUUGCUCUCUGCCAGGCACGGGCCUUGGCACGUGGGCUGCGCGCUGUCAGGCCUCCUCAUGGCCCUUGGACAUGUACGGGACCAUCCACUCAGGCAGAACGGGCCCCAGAACAGCCCGGGGUGGGGCCGAAGGUCCCUGUCACCCGCUGGUUUGUACAUUUCUCAGGGCAGGAUCACCGUGCACAACUUCCAUCAUGUUUUCAGAGCCGUCUGUGACCCCAAAGAGGUGGCGUGGCGUGUGUUGAGCAGGAAAAGGCUCCUCUGUGGGAGUGGCGUUGUACAGAAGGGCCUUCCCACCAAAGCACAGGGACGUCACAACGGGAAAUAAAACUUUAUUCUUGCAACUGGACGUAGAGAAUUCUAAGUGCUUUCCUAUGCACGUCACACCAACAAUGAGAAAACCGUCGCUCCAAAGAGCAGGCACGUCUAGCGGCUGACCCACACCGCGGAGGCUCAGGCCAGCACGCAGCCCCUGGCGGCCAGGGGCCGUCCUGGGUGCCACCCACCACGGGCCUCGGGGCCCUUGCAGUGGGGUUUUCUGUGUCCCAGGAACGCCAACAGGUCCCAAAGGAGUGUCCGCCCUGCCUGUGCCGGGCCUCCCAGCCGCUCCUCGGGGACAAGCGGACAGUCCUUGCAGACCCGGGAACCCCGGGGUUAGCUCCCACCAUCAGACGGCGCUCACUCAGCUGACCCGCUCACUUCUGCUUCCCAAAACCCCAAAAACAAGUGCAAAUGUAAACACACCAGGAGUUGGCUUCCUACAUCCAAACCUCCUACGAGGACGACGAGCACGACGCGCCGUAAACUCGGUACCCUUCACCGCCCUUAGACUCUACCAAAGACGGUUCCCCGCAGGGGCGUUCCCAGCAGCUUUCAGUUGCCGAAGGUAACCGAGUGAAGCCCUCUGCCGAGGGGAAAAGGCCCGGGGAGGCGCCGCAAGGGCCGGCUCUCCCUCAGCCACCUGCUGACGCUGGAGGUGCAGCCUGCAGACACUCGGCUCCUGUCCACGUCCCCCGCCAGGGGAGGCCAGCCUGAUGGACAGUGUGGAAGUGUGUCCAGCCCUCGGGUGCCCCGACCAGGAAGGCGAGCGUCUAGCAGCCCCUCCAAGCGUCAACCUCCCACCAGACCUGAAGCAGUUACAACCUCAUGUAGCCCUGGCUUUUUAUUUGUCUUUUUAGGUGCACACCCGCGUCACGUGGCAGUUCCCAGGCGAGGGGUCUCAUUUAGAGCCGCAGCUGCCGGCCUACACCACAGCCACAGCGACGCUGCUUCUGAAGCACGUCUGCAACCUGCACCGCGGCUCACCCCAACCCUGGAUCCCUAACCCACUGAGCGCAGCCAGGGAUCAAACCCACGUCCUCACAGAUACGAGCUGGGUUCAUUCCUGAACCAUGACGGGAACUCCCUGACUUAGCUCUAUUUUGCUAAGUUUGAAAAAUGAGAAAUUGCAAGGAGUUCCCUGGUGGUCUAAUGGUUAAAACUUGGUACAGCCUGACCUGGGGACUGAGAUCCCAUCAAGCCCAAAAGCAGGGCGAAUGCGAAGAUUCCCAGGUAGAACCGCCUCUGAAACACGAAGGCUUUUACAGCCCGGCUUCGGGAAGCCCUGCCAGCUUCUAUGCCAAAGGCUUCCGACGUGGCCUUGCAAAGGCCACCACAACGCUCAGGGAGCUGAGGCCAGGCCAGGUUCAACCAAGACUCCUGCAAAGAAGGCCUGCUUCCACCUACUGGGAGCUUCACAUUAAAUUCCCAGCCCUGUUUCUUCUUUUUACAUGCCCUCUUUUUCCAGAAACAAGUGUCACUAAGGGAAGCUAAGGAUGUUUCAGAUGCACUGUUAGCUCUGUGGCUGGAACAAAACUUCAAAUGUCGUGGGAGGAGGAGCUAGAAGAGCUUCUUGGUGCCCCCUCUGGGCUGCGAUGUGACACAGACACUG